UUUGCCGUUUUUUUAGAAAUUCAGAUUUUAAGAUGAGAGGGGAAGUUACAGUGUUUCACGGGUGGAGAAUGGAAAUCUAUGAUGCUGUCACCAGGAGUGAAAAAUUAUAUCUUCACCGACAUUGUGUAGCUAUUUAGAGAUAGAGAGAGAAGAGAGGGAUUGAGAUCUGAAAAUCGAGAUCCGUGUAAACCGAAUGAAGCUUCUCUUCUCCACCUAAUCUCCAAUUCGAAAUUCUCUACUCACUCAAGAAUGGCUUCCAAGUUGUUAAUGAUCACUGUGUUUAUAUUUGAUCUAAUUGCUUUUGGUUUGGCGAUUGCAGCCGAGCGUAGAAGAAGCACUGCAAAGAUUGAGAGCGAUGCAGAACAGAAGUUUGAUUACUGCGUGUAUGCAUCUGACAUUGCGACUGGGUAUGGAGUCGGUGCCUUGUUAUUGGUCAUGGCUAGCCAAGCUCUUAUAAUGGUGGCCAGCCGUUGCUUCUGCUGUGGGAAGCCUCUCAGUCGUGGAGGUUCACGCUCCUGCGCUCUUUUCCUCUUCUUCAUCUGCUGGGUGUCAUUUUUCAUAGCGGAGGUACUCCUGCUGGCUGGUUCAGUGAGGAAUGCUUAUCACACCAAGUACAGAUCGGCCUUCCGAGGAACGACGCUGUCCUGUGAGACAGUGCGGAAGGGCAUUUUCGCCGCUGGUGCAGCCUUCGUCUUCUUCACCGGAAUAACAUCUCAGUUUUACUAUGCUAACUAUUCCCGGGCUAGCAGAAAUGGUGCAGAAAGCGGUGCCAAUGGGGCGGUUGGCUACAGAUGAUCUGAGCAGCUCUCUUAUUUAGUCCAUCCCUUCUGUCCAUACCUAUAGCCGUGUGGUUGUCGGGCAGAGAUCUCACUGGCAAACUUCUUUGAGUUCCAUAAAUAUAAUAAUUUCACAUCGUAAUUCUUUUGAUCUCAUACCAUUGAAACUUGUUUCUUGUUUCCUUUCCUUCAUUGAGUUUAAGAAAUCAACUUAUGUGUUUUACAUUCUUCCUGACAUAUUUUACUUUGGUUCUCAUCGAGUUUAAGAAAUCAAUUUUUACUGUAAAAACAAGGCCGUGUUCUCAAACGCACGUAAGAUUUUCAACAUAUUAC